AUGAACCAGCCCCAUGUAGACAUGUGGGACAUCAGGGCAUUCCCUCCUAAGCUGUUGGCAGAGCAGCUGACGAUGGAUGCGGUGCUGUUUAGGGAGGUGGUGCCCUAUGACUGCCUGGGCUCCAUCUGGUCCCAAUGCAACAGGAAGGGAAAGGAGCACCUGGCACCCACUGUUCAUGCCACCAUAGCCCAAUUUUACAAUGUGGCCAAUUGCAUCAUCACCACCUGCCUUGGUGACCAGAGCAUGAAGGCCCAGGAUAGAGCCAGGGUGUUGGAGCACUGGAUCAAGGUGGCCAGGGAAUGUUUGGUCCUCAGGAACUUCUCAGUCCAUGCCAUCCUCUCUGCUCUGCAGAGCACCCUAAUCCACUGA